CUAUUCUGGACCGGGCGGUUCAUUCCGGUUCAGAAACCUAACGUAACAGACUAAUUCGACAUGAACAAGGACGAUUGAAGCUUUUCUUCACUUUUGUUUCUUACAAAUCCAAUUACGCCCUUUUGUUCUUCUCUAUCAUAAUUGAAACCCUAACCCUAAUUCUAUAUAAUUCCAUUGUAAAGCCUGUAAUCCCUCAAUCGGUUGAAAAGCCUCUUGCUUUAAGAAGGCGAUUGAUGCGAAGAAAGGCUUAACAGGACAAUGGAGACUCAGUUCACUCACAAUUUAUUCGAGCGACGCCCCAUUAUCAAAUCUAAGACUCCUGCUGUUAAAUGGUUCAGAGAAUGGGUGCCCCAAGAUGUCGUGGCAACUGGUGGGAAGUGUUCCCUUAUGAGAUGGGUAAAUGAGAACCAAUUGAAGGCCCUGAAAGAGAAGGCGAAAGAACCUCCACCACCAGAACCAGAACCAGAACCUACCACUGAGGUUCUUUUCCUUUGCAGUUUCGAAGGCUGUGGAAAAACCUUUAUAGAUGCCGGUGCUUUGAGAAAGCAUUCUCAUAUCCAUGGAGAGAGACAAUAUGUUUGUCACUAUGAAGGAUGUGGAAAGAAAUUUUUAGAUAGUUCGAAGUUGAAAAGACACUUCUUAAUUCAUACAGGAGAAAGAGAUUUUGUAUGUCCACAUGAAGGCUGUGGUAAGGCUUUUUCCCUGGAUUUCAACCUCAGGUCACACAUGAAAACACAUUCACAAGAAAACUAUCAUAUCUGCCCAUACCCAGAAUGUGGAAAGAGAUACGCUCAUGAGUACAAGUUGAAGAACCACAUUGCAGCUCACCAUGAAAAGCAUUCAGCUGCUGAGACAGUGAAAUAUGCUGCUCCUAUGGAGAAGGUAACCAAAGUUUCCAAGCCUUCUGCAGCGACCUAUGGCUCCGGUUCUUCAGAUCGUCCUUAUGCUUGUCCUUACGAAGGAUGCAUGAAGGCCUACAUACAUGAAUACAAGCUUAAACUCCAUUUGAGAAAAGAGCAUCCUGGCCAUUUUCCAGAUGAAAACGCUGAGAAUGCCUCUCCCAAUGGCGAUAAUGAGAUGGAUGAGGGCAGUGAUCAAGAUGCUUAUCCUGAGAAGCGCGUCAAUGGUAAAAAUCAGAAACAUAGUCGGUCCAAGCCAAACUUGAAAAUGCCUCCAGCAAAAAUCACACAACGGAAAGGUUCAAGUCCAGCUCGGGCCACUCUAAAUGUGGUGAAAAAAUCUUGGCCAGUCAAAGAAGAAAUAUAUGAAGAGGAAGAUAGUGAAGAGACUGAGGAGGAGGAUCGUGACAAGGCAGAAGAUGGUUGGAGAUAUGGGGAAAACAAUGAGGAUGAUGAUGAGGAAACAGAGUAUGAAGAUUGAAGAGUGAAGAGUAAAGCACAUGCUGUCAUUUUUCUUUUUUCAAUCCUAUUCUUGUAUUAUAGUUUUCUUUUAUAUUUUUCUCUAAAAUAAUGUUAAACCUGAAGAAAGUUGUAAUUUUUAAAAUUUAAAAUUUUCCUUCUCUAAUACUUAAAUCAAGAAAACAAAAAUAUGAAUAUAAUUUUCCUUCUAAUUCCUGGACAAACGAAAUUAGAUUUACUAUUUGAAUAGGUUUGGAAUAUAUAGUUAUUAUUAAUUUUUA